AGGGUCUGUACCGGGAGAGUUCAUUCGUCAUUCUAUCUCACUCACUUGUUCAAUUCUAAAACCCUAAGCACCGCCGACGGGAUCCGAUCGUGAUCCUUCCUAAACCUAACUUGGUCGUCGAUUUAGAGCUUAGCUAAAGCCUCCUCUUAAAGAAAAUGAGUUUCAACAAAGUGCCCAACGUCCCAGGAUCUCCAGCUCUCUCUGCGCUUCUCAAGGUCAGCGUUAUUGGUGGGCUCGGUGUCUAUGCAAUUACCAAUAGCCUCUACAAUGUCGAGGGUGGACACCGUGCUGUCAUGUUCAACCGUUUAACUGGUAUCAAGGAAAAGGUGUACCCGGAAGGAACACAUUUUAUGUUGCCAUGGUUUGAGAGGCCAAUCAUCUAUGACGUCCGUGCACGACCCUAUCUUGUUGAGAGCACCACCGGUAGUCAUGACCUUCAGAUGGUGAAAAUUGGACUUAGAGUUCUCACUCGUCCCAUGGGUGACCGUUUGCCUCAGAUUUACCGAACCCUGGGCGAGAACUACAGUGAAAGGGUUCUUCCUUCCAUCAUCCAUGAAACCCUCAAGGCUGUGGUGGCUCAGUACAAUGCAAGCCAGCUGAUCACUCAGAGAGAAGCUGUGAGCAGAGAGAUACGCAAGAUUCUGACGGAGAGAGCUUCUAACUUCGACAUUGCUCUUGAUGAUGUCUCCAUCACAACUCUCACAUUCGGCAAAGAGUUCACCGCUGCAAUCGAGGCAAAACAAGUCGCUGCUCAAGAGGCUGAACGUGCUAAGUUCAUUGUGGAGAAGGCCGAGCAAGACAAGAGGAGUGCGGUUAUCCGUGCAGAGGGAGAAGCUAAAAGUGCUCAACUCAUCGGACAAGCUAUUGCAAACAAUCAGGCAUUCAUAACACUGAGAAAGAUUGAAGCUGCGAGAGAGAUUGCUCAGACCAUUGCACAGUCCGCUAACAAGGUGUACCUAAGCUCCAAUGAUCUGUUGCUUAACCUUCAAGGGAUGAACUUGGAGCCCAGCCCUAAGAAGUAAAAAGAAGGAAAUCCCAAGUUCCAUUUGGUUCUCUCCAAAACUAUGGGAUGGUGUUUUGAACUAUUUGCCCAUUACUAUGCUGUUCAAAGUUUAUUUUCUCAACUAGUUGGCAAACCUUUUUAUAUUGGAGAGAAAAAUAAGAUUAAGUACAUACUUAGUAAUUAUUUUAAUAUUCGUA